AACAAAUUUUAUUCUUUGAGAUUAAAUGUCUGACCUUAUACUGGUACAUUAACGUUACAUGUGUACUGGAUGUUGAAUCAUCACAUAUUUGUUAAGAUGAAUGUUGCUAAGGUCAGUUGUAGCAUUGCGCAAUAUAAUUUUUCGAAACAUUUCAUCCCUUAACGUGGACAUGUUUUUGUUUGCAAACAAACAGCAACCAGUUUAAUUAUACUUUUAUAAAGUUCCAAUUACCUUGGAUGGAUGAUACUUUUCAUAUUAUAGGUUCGGUUAACCCUGAAUUUCUCUGUCCAGAAGUGUGCAUAAAAACACUCAAGGAUACAUCUUCUGAUGAGGAAAGUACACCGAAAGAUGAGGGGGGGUCAGAAUUCAGGGAUGGUUCUGAUAUCUCCCAACCCGUUCUUAGGCUUGUGGAUGAAGAAAACCUACUCGUUCUCCCUCCCGAAGACCAAGAAGAGAAAAGUGAGGUUGAUACAACACUAUACGACGAUCGUAGGGACGUCGGAACGCCAUCAACCGUGAUAAAUAAGCCGGAAACCCCACAUAAAUCACCAGAAACAGUUGAAGGUCAAGUUUGCAAGAAAAAAAAGAAAAAGAAACAUCUUAUAGUCAAUCUUUCAAACUGUAAAUAUGAAUCAGUACGUAGAGUUCUGAAACGAUUUGGCUUCCGAGAGACUGAAGAUGACGAAGAUUGGUGUCUCUAUUGGACCGAUUAUUCAGUCACUAUUGAUAAGGUUCUGGUUAUGAAACAGUGGCAGAAAAUAAAUCAUUUUCCAGGAAUGUCUGAAAUUUGUCGGAAAGAUAGUUUGGCGCGUAAUUUAAACAGAAUGAUCAGAUUAUUUCCUAAAGACUAUAAUAUAUUUCCAAAAACUUGGUGUCUUCCAUCAGAUUGGAAUGAUAUUCAAAAUUAUGCUAAGAAGCAUAAAAGUAAAACAUUUAUUAUAAAACCAGAUAAUGGAUGCCAAGGUCGUGGUAUUUAUAUCACUAAAAAUGCUAAAGAUAUUCGACCAGUGGAAAAUAUGAUUUGCCAAGUGUACAUAUCUAAGCCUUUUCUUAUCGAUGGAUAUAAAUUCGACUUGAGAAUUUAUGUUCUGCUUACUUCAUGUGACCCACUACGUUUAUUUGUAUUUAAAGAUGGCCUAGUACGUUUUACUACAUGUUCUUAUAUUGAACCAAAUCAACGUAAUGUACAUGACAUGUAUAUGCAUUUAACAAAUUAUGCUGUACAAAAACAUAGCGAAGGCUAUAUCAGAGAUAAUGAAGAAGGAGGAACAAAACGCCGAAUUACAACGCUUAAUCGAUGGUUUAAAGAUAAUGGUUAUGAUGUGAAAAAGAUUUGGGAAGACAUAGAUGAUGUGAUCAUUAAAACAUUACUAUCUGGUUAUGCUAUAAUUAGACAUAAUUAUCGAACUUGCUUUCCAAAUCAUAUUCAAACAUCAGCAUGUUUUGAAAUUCUUGGCUUUGACAUAAUAUUCAACCACAGAUUAAAGCCAUAUGUUCUUGAAGUGAAUCAUUCACCAAGUUUUACUACAGACAGUAAAUUAGAUAAAGAAAUUAAAGAAGCUAUGCUAUGGGAUACUGUACAACUUGCACAUUUCAAUGCAGUUAGUAAAAAGAAAUGUUGUGAUGAAGAAAGAAAACGCAUUCGAAAUCGUUUAUUACAUAAAAAUAUUGAUAAAGAUCAUAGAUGUUCACUCGAACGUGAUAUUGAAAGAUAUCAAGCACUAAGUGAAAAAUAUGAGAACAGCCAUAUGGGCAAUUUUCGUCUGAUUUAUCCAUCAAGCGAUCUGGAAAAAUAUUCACAAUUUCUCAAUCCAACUGCAACAUUUUAUCAGGAAACAGUUACUUACAAAGUAAGAAGUGAAUGUGCAAGACAACUAAGAGAAGAAAUAAGACUUAAACAAGAAAAAUUGGAUUUAAUUGCAAACAAACAUAAGCAAAGUCAAUCUGAAAGUCCAGCCCCCAAAAGAUUAAGAAUUAAAAUAAACACUGGAUUAUUAUCUCAGCAAUUAAUAAAGUCAGUUAACAAUGAUGAAAUAAUCAAUAAUUCUAAUCAAUUAAUACCCAUAAGUAAAGUGGAUUUUAAUGUCAAUAACAAACAAAAUAAUCAGGAGGAACAAAGGAAACUUGAUAAAUGUUUAGAAGUCUCUACAGAAGGAAAACAAGAAAAGGACAGUAAUGAUAACCACUCUGAUAAUCAGGCAUUGAUUAAGUCUACGUUAAACAAUGUCGAACUUUGUAUAAAUACUAAAUUGCCACAACCUAUACUUGAUAAUGAAGAAGCUGAACGUAGAAAUGAAUUAAAAAGACGAGAAGAUCAAAUGCACAAAAUAGGUUUAAUUUCAAUGCUUUAUGAAUUAUUUGCACAUUCACAUUCUUUAAAAUACAAAGACAAAAAAGAAUUUAACGAAUUAUAUUUAGAUAAUAAUACUAAUACAGAACAAAACUGUACAGAACAUCGACAAUCACAACAGAAAGCAGAUAAAAAGAAGGAAAGAGAACUGAAUGUUCUAAAACCAACAGCUUCAUGGAAAAAUCGUACACAGUUAUCAGGAAGACAAAAGUACUGGAUUAAGAAUCAAGAACAUGAAAACUCUGCUAAAGAAAAACCAGAUAUCAUACAUGAUACAAAAAUAACUCCUGUAGUAUGGGAUAAUCCAAUUGAGAAAAACAAACCGUCGCUUGUUCCAGUAGCAAAUCAAUGUUGUAAUAAUUAUUUUGUACGACUGAAUGGAAGUCGUUGUAUUAACUCAGCUCAACCAUCCAUAAAUAUUCUUACUUUUGGUGCGUUUCCAUCUCAUCAAUUUCAUAAGAUACAUCAGCAAAAAUCCCAACCAUCUUACCGUGUACAUUCCGGUAAUCUUUGUGACGGAGGAAUACAUUCAAACUCUUCAAUGAUAAAUCCGACCAAUGGUCAGAUAAUUCAAAAUUUACCAGUGAAUCUUGAUAGUCAAUCACUUUAUCAAGAUUGUAACGAUACAAAUUUUACUGGUAAGAAAAGUCAUCAAUCAGUAAAAAAUUCGUCGUUUGAAAGUAUAUGUAAUCCGAUUCACACAUCUCUACGAAUAAAUGAAAAUUAUGGCUUCCUACCUUCAAGAAGUAUUCGAUCUAAUUCAGCGGUAAAAUCAAAAUACAUCUUCACAGACUUGACUAGCUGUAGUAACAAUAGUAAUAAUAUUACUACAAGUAAUUCCCAGAAUACUUCAAGACAGCAUAGUCAUAAUUCCUCUAACAAAAAAGCACCUAAUGACUCUGAAAGUGUUAAAACAGCGGAAAAAUAUAAAACCCCACUACCUACACUGGUCAUUCCUCGUGUGAACACAUCCCAUAACAGCCAUGGUUCGCAGUUAAUAAUCAAUGGUUUAAUGCCAGUUGUCUCGUCGGCGAAAUUAAAUCGAGUUACUAAGAGAACUUCAAACCAAGAAUAUUACCGAACAGUUUUAAAUGAAUAAUGAGUAUUUACAUAGAAAAAUUUAGGAUAAUCGCUCAAAUAUUGAAAGCCUAUGUUGUAAUUAGAUUCAUUUAACGAUAAAUCAGUAUAAAUGUAAAUAAGAAUAGUUUCCAAUUCAUUAAAAUAAGCAACAAAAAACAAAGUUCUGCAAUCACAGUAAACAAAAAUGGUCAAGAUAAGUCAGUAAACAAAUGUGUCUCUCUUAUUUCUGUCAAUAAAUUCUUCCCUGUGAAUAUUUUUUGUAAUGAAAGUGAUUUCAAUUUACUUUCAAUUUAAUCAAAUUCAGUUUCAGCUUAAUGGAUUUUAUUUAAACAAUCAAACAAUAAUGUUAAAGCUUUUUACACAUGCUAGUGGUGGCCACACAACUUUUGUUUGUCAUACAAUAUACACUAAAAAAUGUAAUUUGAAACACAGAAAUUGAUUUUCAUUGUUCAUUCGAUUUACUUAAUUCUAUUGAAUCACUACCAACUUGCCAAAUGACUUUCACAAUUGCAAUUUAUUCUUUGGUGAAUAAGGCUGGAUGCUUGAAAACUAGGAUUCAUAUUGUGCUCGCGAAUCAAAUCUCUACACAUGAUCGAUACUUAGUAGUGAAAUUACUGAAGAUAGUAAAUCAAUUUUGAUGUUUUAUCAGAUUGUUGAUUUAGUUUAUUUGUAGUCUCAGACGUAAAUACCUAUUUUAAACUUAUCUAUAUACCAUUCAUACAGAAAUAUUUAAAACUGUGAGUUUCUCAUAACAGCUAUUAAACAUGAUAUUUAAUUAAACAAACAAAUUGUACACAUCAAGACCACAUUAAAGUUGCAUAUAUUUAGUGCAUCCCCAAAAUAUCAAUUAUCAAUUUAUGCUAGAAAAUACUAAUUGUGAUGUCUCUCAAUAAAAUUAGUACUAUAUUUUAGUGAGAAAAAAAUGUUAUCACAGAAUUUAAGCAUAUUAAAAGUAAUCCCAUCAGGACAUUUAUACUUUGAAAAACUGAACAGUAAUUUAUCCUUCAAAUAGAUUGAUUAAACUUAGUUAACAAUAAUUUUAAGGAGAAACUAGUGAGAAUUAACCAGAUGUUUAUUCUUGUUUUCUAAAGUAUACUGCGUCGGUAAGCACACACAUAACAUAUUGGACUGUUCAUCAUUUUAAAUACACACCUCUGGAAAACUUUUGAUGUUAC